CUUGAGAUGAAAAGUGGGUCACUAGGCAGAGUUAGAGCGUGCAAGAAGGAAGUACACUCUUCAACAACAAAAAAAUGCAUGGUUAACAAGAAGAAAAUAAUGAUUGCGACGCUCUCCUCGCGCCUAUGAUCUUUGAUGCACAGCUUUGCUGUGCUGCAGUAGUCCUACCAUAUACACUCGCCCUCGAUCGCGAAGCUUGGCGAGGACCUAUUGUCGAUGUGACGUCAGCACAUUGCGUAAAUGGAUUGCCUGGAAACGGGAGGGGAAUAUCGAUCAAAAUAAGGUAUCCUGGCCAAGAGAGUCUCAUCGAGGUCACAGAAUUGACAUAAUCGUAUUAUUGAAUAGUUUUGAUUUUCGCGAGGACCAGUGGAUGUCUUCUCCCCGAUUCAGUAACUACGAAAAUGUGGCUUGCCAUUAAAGUGUCAGACGUCUGCCAAUCUGACAAACAUGGCUGAAGGUGCGUGGGUGGGGGGCGAAAUUUGAAACACAUUCUGGAGUGUCUGAAGUCUGUUUUGUGUUCUAGCGGCUCGAACGCUGGCGAUGACUGAGGUGUUGAGCUUCAUCGGAGAAAAUAGCUCUCAGCUGAGCAGACGUGAGGCCUGAAGGCAUGCUGUCAUUUGCAUACGUGCGCUCCUCUUUCAUCGAUUCACGGACUUUUGAGCACUUCCAAAAUUUACUAAAAGGAAUAGUUUUGGCCAAGCAAUGACUUUCACAUAUAUGGGGCUCAUACAGCUGUUUUGUUCCUCAUGGAGCAGAGCUGUACGUCCUAGUCAUUUUGAGGCAUUAAGUCAGGGACUGUAAACAUCAUGUUUUUCUCCAUGAAGACUUCCCAGUCUGUGGCCUCUUCUCCCUGCAAGGCUGAGGUUAAGGGACCGCUGAGCUGGCCAAGCCACCUUCAACCAUGAUGGGGCGCCACCCACAGGGCUCCUCACAGCAUCAGCUUCACUCUGAUAUAGCACACGACAAGGUUGUCCCACAAGGCCUGGAGGAUUUUCGACUUCCAGAACAGCAGCAAAAUUCUCAGAUUCAGCAAGAAGGUGCAAGGAAAGAUGUGUUGACUUUUCCUUUGCAGCAUUAUCAACAUUCUGAGACCUUUAUGCAAGUGCAGUGUGAACAGCAAAAAGACUACCAUAUACCAGAGGGCCAACUUCAUGGACAUUUUCACUUGUCAGCAUCACAUACGAGAGUCUCCCAUUCAGGCUACCACGAACAUCCACUUCCCUGUAAGGCAUCAGUCCACCAGCAGGAGGUGAGACAUCAACAUCAACUAGAGCCACACCACCAGCUGCAACAUCAGCAGCAACUCUACUCAAAACCAGCUGUUGAAACUCUUGCAUCACAGCAACACCACCAGGCUGAACAGGCUCAGACCUAUCAGCCUCAACACCAGCAGCGAGGGGAGAGUGUGACUCCCCAGAUAGCUUUUCCCCAUCAAACCAAGUCUGAAUCAGACUACAACCUCUCCGCCAUGCUAGACAAGAAGCCCACUCUGCAGGUUAUGACUGAUUCCCACUCACCAGCAAGUCCAGGCACCACAAGUUCUCCUCACUUCGUUUUUCCUGACAUGCACAGCUCUUCACCAUCAGGACAAUACAGCUCAGUUCCUUUCAUGUCUCCCAUCAAGCGAGAGGUGAAAUGGGAGACAGGCACUCCCCCACGGUCAUCUGAAACAGAUCCAGUGUUUCCAUUUGGUGUUCAGCAGCAUCAUCGAGAGAGAAUGCGUAUGCUAAGUGGUGACACAGACCACAGUGAGACUCUGGUGGACUCGGAGACAGGUUCAAGCAUUCUUGAAGACAGCAGCAGCAGUAGGGAACAGUCUCCCUUCUCUGCCAUGGCUGAAUCUCUUUCCCUCAGAUCACCAUCUGAUCUUUCCCCAUCCCCAUUGGCAAGGAGGCCGCUGGAACGACAAGCCAUGGUGGUUGUGUCAGAAGAUGAAGAUCUGGGAGAGGAUUUCUGUGGUAGUGGAGGGAGUAACAGCAGGGUUUGCAACACCUGUCCUGGGCAGUUGACUGCUGGUGAGAUCCAUCACCCAUCAAAGUUCAAGAAACGCCUUCAUGAUCGCUAUGUGUCUAGCAUGAAGGAUCAUCUGCAUCUCAAAGACAAGGUCAAAGAGGAAAUAGGAGAAAGAUGCUUUACACCUGGUGAUGCGGGAGAAGGAGAGGGUCAUCCUCCGGACAAUAAGAGGAUGGUUUCCAAACUAGAACGAGCUGACAGUCCCUAUGCUUCAGAGAGCUCCUUGCCUAAAAGCCCUCGCCGAUCUUCAUCUGACACGGACAAUGUGAGAAAGGAUGCUCCAGAGAUGGGAGCAAGCAGUGCAGAUGAAAGUGAUGUCUUUUUGGAACCAACCAUGAGGGUUCGCAAGUCCAAGCCCCCAUCUCUGCAUCAAAGGGAGCCCUUAGACCUGUCAAGGGGUACUUGCUUUUCUCCAAGUUUUCGUUCAGGAUCAGUUUCAAGUCCUUUGAUAGAACAAGAACACCUAAGUCCAGCCUCAACCUCAUCUAAACAUUACUCUCCAGUGUUCAGGUCUCCUCAUCGCCUCCCAUAUUCACCUCAUGGCUUGUUGUCUCCCCAGUCUCAGUCUCCACUCUGCUCUGUGCCAGAAGGAGGUCGAAUCUUCAAUUUUAACGUGCCUAGUCCUCUGGAGGGUGUGCACUCAGACUCAGACCUGAUCUCUCCCAGUCCCGUGUCUCCACGUUUCUUCACCUUUCCGCCUCAGCCUUCACUAAUAAAUCCCGAAGUCAAUCGCCUGGCUGUAUCCCCCAGAGCUUUACCACCUCCAUUCUCCUCUGUACACAGCAAGACACUAGGAAGCAGUAGUGCGAGUGUGGAAACAAAAUGGGGAGAUCCACAAGGGUUUUAUGGGAAACGAUCACUUUCUGAAUCAGACAUGACUUACCUUUGCCCAGUAUGUGGGCAGGUUUUUCCUACUAAUGACAAUCUUGCCAAACAUAUGGCAAAACACCUGCCCACAGAGACCAUACGAGCAGGGGAUAACAACAAGGUACAUUACUGCAAAGUGUGCAACCGAUCAUUUUCACGUUCUGAUAUGCUGACCAGACACAUGCGUUUACAUACAGGGCUGAAGCCCUAUGAGUGUGCAGACUGUGGACAGGUUUUCAGUCGCAGUGAUCACCUCAACACCCAUAAACGUACACACACCGGGGAGAAACCAUAUCGGUGCCCACAGUGUCCAUAUGCUGCCUGUCGGCGAGACAUGAUCACACGCCACAUGCGCACUCAUGCCAAACGGUCGUCUCGGCGUGGGCGCUACCUUUCUGUUCCAGAUGAAGGUGAGCCUCACAGAGGAGGCUCAGUGUCAAGCACAGAGACAACCGACUCUCAAGACUUUUCUGUGGGACACACCUGCUCUGUCUCAUCUGUGGACAGCGUAGAAUCUGAAUCUCUGCCCUCUGUUCGCCAUUCUUACAUUGGUAGUGCUAGCAUAGACAGCCUGCUUUCACCAGACCCUGAAAUGAUGAUGUCUCCCUCUAGUCGCAAGACCUCAGAGGAUCUGGAGGAAGGUAUGGAAGGAGAAGUUGGACAAGAAAGCACUGACCAAGGUUCCACUCACUACGACCGCUUCAUGCGCUAUCGCAAAGCUCGUAACUGGUCCACAACUAGCCUUGAGAGUAUUGAUUCAGAAGAGGCCUUGUACAUUCGAGAAUCGCUUGGCGAUGAUCCUUUCCAUGAUUCAGACCGACCUGGAGGCCUUGACAUGGGCAGCGUCAGUGGAGACAAGAUGAGAAGCAUUAUAGGGGAGACCACCCAUAGUUCAGCUCCUAGAGACAUGGUGGGGUUGGAGGCAGAGAGUUUACAGAAAUGCUUCAUCAGCCAGGAAGUGAAGGGCAGCAGCACCAGUAGCAGCUAGCAGCCAACAGGACGCUCUGCCACCCCUCUUUUUGAUUUUUUUCCUCCAGUCAUUGUCCAUCCUUCAGAGAACAUUACUAGUUGGUGAAUCCAUCAGUACCCACUACCAUUGUCAACAAAAGUGACUUUUGUUCUUGUUAUUUCUUAACAGAGUUGAACUGAGGUAUUCGUUUAAAGUGUUUUCGCUGUGAACGCAUUCAAUCAUGCUAUGCUAAACGAGGCCUAUUGUUAACGUAAGUAAUUUUUUUGUUGUGGGUUUUUUUUCAAUUUGGCAAAUGCACUUUUCAUCUUAAGCUAUAUAAUUGUUGCAUUUUAAGCCGUGGUUCAUUCAGACUUAAAAGGUCUUAUUAUCCAAGAAGAAGAUGCCUUAAAAAUUGGUUUUAAAAAAAUACCAUAGGUUUUUAAGGCAUGUUUCACCAGCUUGUCAGAUACUGGUGAUUCCAUAGCCUAUGUUGUUGUACAGACAUUUGCUACUUUUCUUUUUACACAUUUCCUGGCAAUCUGCUCCAUUUCUUGUACAAGAAAAUCAGCAUCAUUAUAAGUGCAGGGGUAAGAGAGAUUGUAUGUUAAGACAGGGAAGUUAUUGUCCACUGGAAUACAGUUACUAACCUGCUGGAGAUAUGUACAACCUUUUGUACUGUUUACUGAUCUGCAGGCAGUUGACCAUGUCUGGUCUUUGUGAUGCAUUUGACAGUGCUGAAUUUCCUCGCAUACUUAGCCCUAACAUGUUCAGAUUCAUGUCCAUUCACCUAUCAAACCUCGUGAUGAAGUUUCCGUCUGAAUUUUUAUGAUGGUUUUUAGUUCUCAUGGCAUUUAUUAUGGUUUGAAGUUUCUAAACAUGAAUUUUGUGGUAAUAUUCUAAGAAAAACGUUUUAUCAGUGUCUUAUAUGCACACCUGCUAGCCUAAUAUCGGACAGGAUAUAACUGGCUAUAUCUGGGCAAAAUCCCUUGAUUCAGCACAACAGGUGGAUUAGGUUUCUACUUUAAGUCAUUUAAGCAAAGUUCUAUUUACAAAUAUUUCUCCUUGACUGCCUUCUCUUUUCCCUUGUCCUUACUGCACAAACUGUACAAGAGCCUACUUUAUACCGGUGAUAAGAAAAGGAUUGUACUGGUUGAAACACUUGUGUUUGUCUAAGAGUGAUCUUUAAUGUGUACUUAUAGGCAAAUAUUAUACUUUCAAAUUGACUCAUGUUAAUUCAUGGGCUGAAUUUGCUUAUGCACUUUUUUAGGGAAAUGCUUGAACAGGGGAUAGGAGUGUUAUUUUUGUCUGCUGUCAAAUCACCAAAGAGUAAGAAAAAAGAGCUGCUGAUAUUUAACUUACCAUAUAGACAUUUAGAAUAACAGUGUACCACACAUAGUGAAGGGUGUCAAGAGAUAGGAGGCACAGAAUCAGUUUCAUUUGCUACAACUAAGUGUAGCAUUAGUUUAUGACAAUGACCAACAUUAUUAAUUCCAGUGUGCAGUUAUACUUUGUAAGUGAGCUCAGAUCCAAAAAUAAGCAAAAUAAGUUCUAGUUACAAGAUAUUGACAAGGACAAGAUAUUCACACAGCUUGUAAUUUAUAACACUGGUUGGACCACAUAACAAAACUAUUGUACAAAUAUGACUAGUUUUUAAAGUAUCUGAAGAUCAGUUAUCUGUCACAGGAAAGAGAAUCCAAGUGCAUCAGCAACUGUCAAUAUUGCAGAGAUUAAAAGUUGUAAAGGUUUCUUCUUUACACUGGUUCACCAACCAUGAUGAAGGGAAGAUAUAGCAGAUUACCUGUUCUUGUAAGCCCAAUACAGUAUUAUGAGUGUUGUAUGCUAGGUCUGAUUUUUUUUUUAAAGCCAAAACAAAGCUCUUUUUGACAUUGUACCGGUGACUCAUUCUUUAAACAACUUUUUAAAUUCUGGGUUUUAAAGUUGAUACCUUUUUCAGCAGUUUUGCAAUGCUGGUAUGUUUGUACAGUCCAGUUUUUGGAGAACCAACAAAGUACAGUUUAUUCCUCAAGCACAUGAUGCUACUUAAUGGAGUUCUUUUUUUCCUGAUGGAAAGAGCAAAAUGAAAUGCUUGGAAAUGUUCUACUGCUCAUUUGGCAACUCAUUACUUUGCAUCAUGUACUAGCAUUUACUGUGUGAGCAGGAAAGAUGGCAGGCCUGCAUCAGGUCAGUACUGCACAGCAGCACUCAGACCCCAUCUUGUUUUUGUGGAGGUGGGGGGGGGGAGUAGCUGCAUCUGCGUUGUGCAAGUAAGGGCAAUAGUGACUGGUCUGUUUCUUGCUGCUCUUUUUAGAGUGAUUGACAUUGUCUGGACAUUUAAGUAUGCAGACAUUGUUCAGUAACUUGUGGUAAUGGCUUCUUGCAUGUAUGUGAGAAAGAGAGAGACUGCGUGAAAGAGGGCAGUAAUAAAUACUCUGUUGUAAAAUUAUUAUUAUUUUUGAAUUGGUGAACCAAGUAAGAAGAGAGAUUGAAAGAUGAAAUUGUCUAAUUGGAGCUGUUCAGUGCCUGUCAUACAAUAUAAGCAGGGUGCUAAGAAUAUGAAGAGUGGUAUCCUUUUGCAGGUUUCUUACUUGAGUGCAGGGAAUGUAUUUUGCUGGUUUUUCAUCUGCUGGGUUGAGGCGUUGUCAUCAACAUGGAAUGCUGCAGUAUAAUAUACUGUAUAAACUCAUUGCUAAGAUCAAGUACAAAGGUCUUUUACUUGUGCUUAUACAACAUGAUAGAAAUAGGCUAUAUCUCUUAGGAAGCCUUCAGCAUUCACAUACAUUGAGAUAAAAUGGAAAAUCUAUCACUUUUGUGGCCUAAAUAAACCUAGUCACUAUCCAUGUGUACUCUACAUCUUCACCCUAGGCUGCAGGAUAUCAGUGCAACAUAAUGUUUGAGGAAUGAUUUCUAAAAGAGGUUAAAACUGUGAACAUUAUUAGUUCUGCUUUUUUGACAUAAGUCUUGUGGGCAGUUGAACUUGUACUGCGAGAUGGAAUUGGAAAAUGCAAUAAGUUUCUUUUGCAGGAGACAAAUUCAGAACUUGGGUGUUACCAUCCCUGUCUUGGUAGUAUGCACUGUAUCACUAUACCACCAGACCCUCUGACCACAAACAGAGGAGACAAUAAUAGUAGAAUUAGACAACUGAGAAGGAAUAUGUGAAUAAUAAAAUGAAUACCUACCUAAACUGAAGAAGUGGGGCUAAAUACAAUACUUGUAUAAAAUAAAAAAUUGCAAAUUUCAAAAUAACAGCAUAAAGACUGCAGUAAUGAACCCGGUGUAUGAAUGAAAAAUAACUAGCCCGGUGAUAAUUUUGAAUGUAAUUGACAAAGUUGUGUUUGUUGUUGUUGAGGCUGAAGAUGCUUUUGCUGUGCUUUUUUGGAAUAUAUGCCAUCGGUGAACUUGAAUUUUAUGUAAAGAAUAUUCUUUUUGAUAUAUUUUGGCUUGGAGCAUACACCGAUGUCUUUAAGCUAGGACCAGCAGGGUUGACAAAUUACCAUUUCCAAACACUAAUUGUGUUCUGUAGUGCUUGAUAAAAUUCAUGAAAUACAGUUUUAUUUUUUAGCCUUAUGUAACAGUGAGUUUAACUAGGAAUAAAACAAGCUGUUGCUGAAUCAGUUCCUCACUAAAGUAAUUUUUGAAUAUUUCUCGCCUCUCCAUGUCUUAUAUUCCUCUCCAUUUUUACUGCUCUCUCAGAACAUUACAGCAUCCACCUGUAUUCUGUUGCCAAUAUCAGAACUUUCUGCCUUUGUUUUUCAUGCUGAAGGUUUAUCGCAGUUACUGCAAAACAGCAGUAGUUGAUGAAGACAGCAUCGUACUUGUAGCCUUGAAGUAGGCAGCUUCUUAGACUGUUACAUUCAAUCCGCCUUUGUAUCCAGCAAAAAAUGUGUGUUUUCUGAGAAUAUUGUAGCAGUAUGUAGAUUUAUUUUUGGAAGUGUUGUAUGGUUACUGUUAUGAGAGAUAUGCAAAACUGCAAACCCCAUGUUUCUGUGGUCUGUUUAUAUAGGUGAAACACACCUGCUUUGCUCACACUGCUCUGCACGCUGUGUCCACUUGUUCUCUAGUUAAUUUGUCUUGUCCUCAUCAAUUUGAAUUGAUAUGUCACAUUUGCAUGUAGCAUUUACUUGCAAAGGAAUAUCUAUAAACACAUUCAUGAGCAUGCAGACAGCCACAUAUGUCCUCAUUUAAUUAUGCAUUUUAACUAUCUUAACAUAAUCAGAUUGUUGUCCAGAUGUGACCUCUAGGCUGUCCUGUUGUCACAUGUCGUGAUAAAUCCUUAAAACUGGAAAAUUUAAGAAUGGAACUUGAUGCGACUGAACAGUGCACAAAAUGGAAAGGCCAGAGGUUGUUGCUAGGUGCAGGUCUCUUUCCAAAACCCUCUUUUCCUGGAUUUUCCCAGAAUGUUUGAGGGAGGUUCAAAUGUUGUACAGUCAGAGUGGAAAGCUAUCUAAAGCUGUGCUAAAUCCGGUGUUUAAGAAUAAACAAUUGGAGGUACAUGUGUUUGCAGUAUUGGUUAACAGACUAACAUCAACUGCAUGAUUGUGUGUGCAUGCAUGUUUGCAUGGGUCCCCAUGCAUGUGCUUCUAUGUUGAAGAAAAAAAGGAGAACAGGCUGUGAAUGUUUGAAGGGAACCAUGUUGCGGGUUGAUCUAAUGGAUUCCAAGGAUGUAUAUCACUACUCAUUUACAGAGGCGACAGCUUUAAUAUUCUUCAUGUUUGCAGUAGCUACAUGAAGUUGGUAAUGAUCUUUCUUAGAUUCUUUGUUGAUUUACUCAUUAUAGAUUGAGUGAAAGGUAGAAAGAUUUAUCUUCUGUGAGUGAUGACAAGGUCUGAAUCGUCUGUGAUAUGCUUGUAAAGUUUUCUUACUGUCUUAAUUCCCUUUCAUUGCCUGUUGAGGGAUGAUUCCCCGACACAAGCAUGUUACAUUAACAUAAAGCUUCUAACAUUUAUGCUCAAAUUGUUUCCACAUUGAGUGCCCAGUCAUGCAUGGAUUUCUUUGUCCUCACGAAAGGCGUGGAUUUUUUUUUUUUGAAGUGGACCUCUUGUCAAGGCACAUGAGUGUUACAUGUUCAGAUGCUCACUGGUACAGAUUGUGAUAAGUUUUGUUAUUUGAAAUAAAACACUAAAAGGUUGGAUGUGAUGGAUUCAUUUGCUAUGGGGGAUUUUUUGUCAUGAGCUCAUUCGCCAAAUUCUGUAGUUAGGAGUCCUUUUAUGAUAAUAUUUUCAUGUGAUUUCUGAACAUCACCUCCAUGUCUGUUGGCCUAGGUUGGUCCUUGAUAUCUUCUGCACACACUGUGCAUUCUUUGCUCAUAAAAUGAAAGCAAUAAUCACUUCGGGGAUUACAGUUUCAGAGCAUAGGCUGCUUGAAAUGCAGUAAAUGGAAUGUAAGUUUUGUGACAGGCCUAGAAUUUUGAAGUAUGCUCCUUUUUUUUUUUUUUUAAAAAAAAACAAAAAAAGGUCUUUAAACAUUUGGUAAAUGAUGAUAAAAAUAUUCAGAUGCUUUGUACGUGUAUUUUUAUGAUAAAGUGAAUAGAUGCUGAUGAGUAAGAGCUUCUUUGCUGCCUUAAAACUGGAUACAUCAGUCAUGUGCAUGUGAGUUGGACAGAAACUUUUUGUCUCAGAUCUUUUAUGACUAUUUCUGGAUUAAAACUCAGCUGCAGCUGGUUAGAGCCUUUGGAGGAUGUUGCACUUAGAUAAGAAUCAAAUAUAAAGUAUCAUCUUAAAGAAAAAGUUUUACUGUAAUGAUCAAUAUCAGCUUCAUCUUUCAUCUACAUUAAAAAAAUGAAAAGUAUUAGCAAAAGCUUAGGACUUAAAACCAGCAGAAAUGUUCAUUUUCAAUUUACUGAUAAAUGUGCAAAUAUAUCAGGAACUAAGAAGUAGUUUGUAGGUUCUGCAACCUGAUGGUUAGUGCUCUCACCUUUCAGAACAGGUUGCUAGUUCAAGACCUGAUAAAACCUGUGGCUGGAAAAUUUCCCCUUAAUGCUGUUCUUAACCAAAUAAAUAUGGAUAGACAUUUGAACAAGUUUGAUUUUUUUUUUUUAAUUUAUGAAACUUGUAAAGUGCACUGAUACCAUGAAAACAUUUUGAGCUACUAGGAAGUGAUUAUGUCAUUUUAAAAAUGUGAGUUAAGUAGCCGCUUGAAACCACUUGAAGAGGCAGCUGGACAGAACAGAAGGGGAGAGCGUUCCAAGAAUACUUGGUCAAAUGUUUGUCCAUAUUAGUCGGAUUUAAAUUACAGCUCUGAAUAAGUUCUAUCCAGCAUGUGGGUGCAUGAUUUAUCAGGGACAGUGGAAGCAAAGAAUUUGAUUCUGCUUUCCAUGUGUCAUUUCCUUGACACAGUAAACCACUUACAACUGUCUCUUUGGCCAUUAGGCAAUUGUAGCCUUGUUUUCUUUUUUAAGAGUGCACAAGAGAUUGUAAAUAAAGAAUAUGGCACAUAAUAUCUUUUUGAGUUCAACAUCAAGGAACUUUUGGUUACAUUCACAGAUAUCUUUUCAUGCAAGACUAGUAUAUCACCUAAUUAGGCACAAAGGCAGUAGCACAAACCAUCAUAAAACUUACACUUGAAAAAUUGGUAAGUAGUAACAUUUUAAGUGCCCAUUUCAUAAAGUUGGCGGCCUUAGUUUGAAAGGGAAAUGGUUAGUGAUAAUGCUGACCACACAGUCCUUUAUAGAUAACGAUAUAGCAAACUGAGACUGCUAGUAGUGCCCACUGCAUGCUUGUGAGUUAUUUUCCUUUGUCUCCAGAUGUCUGUAUUUGAAAUUAUUGAAAAAUAAAAAAGAAACUAGGCUGAAAACUGUAUGCUGCAUUUUGUUUAAACUUCAUUUCCCCCACACCACCACCACCCCUAAUCACACCUAUUUGGAUGACUUUUAGUUUCAGCAUGUGAACAAAGCUUGUAUUCAGUAAAGCAAGUUUUUGAUCUGAAAAUUAUUUUAAAGAGCCUCCCAAAGAAUUUGCAUUUGAUUUGAGAGUUACAAGUUUCCAGAUACUUUAGGUUGGUUUUGUGAAAACUUUUUAAUGUUUCUGAGAAAGUUUUUUUUUUUUUUUUAAAGUGUUGCCUUUAAUGAUGUGUCAUUGAGAAUAAGUCAUGCAACAUGAUGAUCAUGCCCAAAGCCAGGAGGACACACUUGUUGAUCGUUCUGCUUUUUGUAUCUGGGUAGGCAUGUGCAAUGUUUAUGAUAAGGGAUCCUAGUUGAAUGCCUGUCUGAAAUAGUGGUGGAUGAAGUGCGUGCUGUGUUUUCUGCAUGUUUGCAUUCUUUUGGCAGGGACUUUGUUGCUGUGCUGUCUGGUUCAAAAGCCUCUAGACAUGUACAAAUGAAACAAAUCUUUCUGUUCUUUCUUUUCACAAGUAUAAACCUCUUUGGUAGCCAAUAUAAAAAGCUUGCGCCAAGCUUCAAAUGUUCACUGUUAUGUGUUGAUAGUUGCAUAUCUCACUAUAUUUGUUUGUGAAUACAUCAUAAAAAGCAGCAGUAGUGUUUCUUAUCCUUAUUAAAGCGGAUGUGUUUAUAGAAUCAGUGAAACUUCCUUUGAUAAGCCUCUUGGGUUUUUAUUGUUCAAUGGUUCACUUGCUUGUUUGCAAUCAUAGCAAUACAGUGCAUUAUCCAGUGUUUCUUUUUGUGCAUUGAGUAUUUGUACUUGUUACCAUUAGUAACACUUAUAGCUUGGUAAAGAUACUUGAUUAUUGGCAAAGUUGGACUGGCUUUGGUGUGUAUUUUAGUUGUCUGCAAUGUUUAGUCUGGUAAGCACAUUUGUUACCUAUUAUAUACUAAAUGUAAAUCUGUUACAGUGCAUUCACCAUGUCUGCUUGCAAUGAUGGUUUUUGCUUGUGUUCCAUUCCAGGAGGGAGGAGUGGUCAUUUUGAAUUCAAAUUCUGUAACUCCCACUUUCCAUCCUUUGAAUCUACAUUUUAAGUUUGAAAAGUUUGUAGAUAUUUGAAGAUUAAUGAGCAAAGCUUUCCAAAUAUGAUUACUGCUGCUUUUAGAUUUUAGAAAGUGUUUUGAACACUCCAUUUGUCUGAUCACUGUAAACUGACAUACUCAAGUUUGUAUGCAUCCAUCAUAGUCUUGAAAUCUGUACAGCACAUCAAUUUAUAUUUUUGUAUUUUUACAAAUACUUAUCAGAAACUAGCCCUUUAAGGAACUGCAGAAUUUAUUUCAACAGCACACUCAGAUCAUUUGUGUAAACAUCACGAUUUAUCUCAAGAUUUCCUUUGCCAGACCUUCAAGUCUGGGUAGUGUGGUAUUUCCGGGGUAGUUAUUUCUGGAUUUGCAUGCAUGUGUAGAUCCUUAGAAUUAGACUAAUAUGUAUGAAACGGGGAAAACAAAGAAAAUAUUGCAUGAUAAUUUCCACUACCUGGCUGUGCAUUCAUUUUUGUCCAUGAUGCACAGACAUGCAGCUUAAUGGCUCUGAAGCCAUUUAAAAGAUGGUGCAUAUUUGCACAUUAAUAAUCAUUUUGAGGACUUCUUAGAUAGGUCAUAUAAAAUGUGUUUAUAAAAAAAUAUUUUGUUCAUUCCUCAUUUGCAGAUGUAACUUUAUGUCAUCAAAUGAUGAAUGUUUUUACUCUACAAUUUUUAUCUUUGUUGACCCUAUAAGCACCGGGUGGGCAUGUUGUUGUAAACAAUUAAUGUAUACAAUAAAGUGAAGUGACAAUUUUUUAAAACUACCUUCCAAAAAAAAAAAAACACAUAAAUGUAAUGCUUUUGGGUACAGUUAUCACUUGCACCUGAGUUUAAACCCCUUUAAAGCAUUUGAUACUUGUACAUGUCUUUUUUUAUGGUGGAUGUAAAAAAAAAAAAAACAAUGGUCAGUUUGAUCAUCGUAAUGUCAUUGUUGUCUGGUGAUUUGGAUACCAGAGCUGUUGUUAUUUGUAAUGCAGUCUCAUUCACUGUGACGUAAAGGCAGGUGUUCAGUCUUGAAUCUUGAAUUAAAAAAAGAAAAGAAAUCAUUAACAAAA